UCGUGUUAUGCGCCGCUAUUCGCUGGCGCCCAACGAUCUGCUUUUCGGCUACCAAUCUAACUGUCCGACAAAGUUGUUGCACUCAAAUCGCCGCAAAUCUAUCCUAUCGUCGACGCAGUCGUCGGCCAAUACUACGGUGUCGGCGGUAUCGGCGACAGCGGUGGUCAACGCAUCCUACAAAUCAAACUCCAGGUCACUCCCGCGUUUGGUCGGCGGUCCAACCGCCGCUACCGAUACCACUACAACCACAGAUAGCUUAGGCAACAUAUAUGGCGCUACCGGUGCUGAUGGUAUCGUAGCUACCAUUGUGGGCAUUGAUGGCGGUGCCGGUGGUGCUGGUGGUGGUGGUGGUGCCGAUGGUAAUGGUGGUGGUGGUGGUCAACAUCCGUAUCCCACACUAAGACAACAGUCAACUGGCAGUGUCGUCAGUAAUCUGCUAUUGACUACCGGUAGUCAUCAUUUUGAACCGGAAAAACACGCGCACGACCAGUGCGAACGUGUUGUCAUCAAUGUUAGCGGUUUGAAGUUUGAGACCCAACUACGGACACUACACCAGUUUCCCGAUACCUUACUGGGCGAUCCCAAUAGGAGGAUCAGAUAUUUCGAUAUCUACCGAAACGAGUACUUCUUUGACCGAUCCCGUAGCUGUUUCGAUGCCAUACUCUACUACUAUCAGUCGGGCGGUCGACUCAGGCGUCCGGUAAACGUAUCGCUGGAUAUAUUUGUCGAAGAGAUCAAGUUCUACGAGUUAGGCGAAGAAGCUUUCGAUAAGUUCAGGGAAGACGAAGGUUUUAUCAAAGAAGAAGAACGUCCGCUACCGGCAAACGGUUUGCAACGCAAACUAUGGCUAUUGUUUGAGUUUCCCGAAUCAUCGCAAGCGGCCCGUGUAGUGGCCAUCAUCAGCGUAGUGGUCAUACUCUUGUCGAUCGUUAUAUUUUGUUUGGAAACUCUGCCCGAAUUCAAACACUAUAAGAUCUAUAAUGUUACCGAAAACUUGACCCGUGUUAUCGAGGACGAGACGCCAUCGCUGGGCGAACCGUUUUUCAUUGUCGAAACCCUAUGUAUUAUAUGGUUUUCCCUAGAAAUAGUUGUCCGCUUUUUUUCCUGUCCAUCCAAACUGGAGUUUAUCAAAGAUAUUAUGAAUACCAUCGAUCUGGUAGCUAUUGUUCCGUAUUUUAUUACGUUGGGUACGAUUCUGGCCGAACGACAAGCGGCUGCUGCGGCAAUGGCGGCGACGACGGCAUCGGGUGCUGGCAGUAGUAGUGCCGGUGGCGGCGGCGGGAGUGGUGUCAAUGGUGCCGGCAUUAGCAGCGACCGCAACGACGAUUCAGAUCGUAGCCGACAAACGUUUGGCGGCAAUGACCAACGCGGCAAUCAGGCAAUGAGUUUGGCCAUCUUGAGGGUUAUCCGAUUGGUACGGGUGUUCAGGAUAUUCAAACUGAGCCGUCACUCGAAAGGCCUACAGAUUCUUGGCCGUACACUCAAGGCAUCGAUGCGCGAGUUAGGUCUACUAAUAUUUUUCCUGUUUAUCGGUGUCAUAUUGUUUUCGUCGGCCGUCUAUUAUGCCGAAGCCGACAGCGAUCGAUCCUAUUUUAAGUCAAUACCCGACGCUUUUUGGUGGGCAGUGGUCACUAUGACUACCGUCGGCUAUGGCGACAUGCGACCAGUGGGCGUCUGGGGUAAGAUUGUCGGCUCCCUGUGCGCAAUAGCCGGCGUACUAACCAUUGCUCUGCCGGUGCCGGUAAUUGUGUCCAAUUUUAAUUAUUUCUAUCACCGCGAAACCGACCAAGAAGAUCUACAAUCGAUAAACUUUAAUCACGUAACCGGCUGUCCCUAUCUAUCGGGUAACGUAGGCCAGCAUCGGGUACGCCGUUCAUCCUAUAGUGACUCAAACAUUUCGCGAGAUACCGACAAUGGCGGCGACGGCGACCAUCAGGAGGCCGUCAGCGACGAUAACAAUGCCAAAACCGUCGCCGACGACGACAACAACGACCGUCUGUCCGGUCGGAGGUCAGUGUCUCAACAGUCGGGUGUCUAUAAUAAUAACAAUAAUAAUAACAGUAGCACACCGUUGCUGUACACCGGCACCGGUAUCUAUCAAAAUACUAAUAAUUAUGAACAUCGAUCGUACAGUCCUAUCAUUACCUCACCAGACAUUACAUCACAGAUCAUCCAAUCGCGACAUUUUAGCCAUUAUUGCCAUCCAUUGCCCGUCACGUUGUCGUCGUCGUCGACGACACCUACAGUUCCGACCAGUGCUGAGGUAGUGGUGGUUGGAGAGGGAAAAGCAGAAAAAGAAGACAUGACACUCAUCAGUAACAUUGACAUCGGUAAUCGGUACGCGACGGCGGCCAUGAUGAUGAUGCCCGAACUACCGGUGCUCAUACCAGUCCAGUGUAUCGGUUCUUCACCGACAACGGCAACACCAUCGGUGGUCAAAAACAACACCUGUGCUUCCGUGUUGGCAACGACGCCGCCAAUCAAAUCCUACUACAAGUCAAUGGAAGCGCUCGAUAGGACCACCAGUUCCCGUACACCGUCACCGCAACAACAACAACAAUCAUCGAUAAUCAUCGGUAGAUUACCUACCAGUUCCCAUCAUCAUCAUCAUAAGUUUAUCCCCAUCAUCAGUGAUAAUAAUAAUCAGUUAUUGUUAGCUGCCAACACCACCGCCACCACCACCAAAACGGCCAGUGCCAGGGCUGGCAUAGUGUCCAAACCUAUCGGACCUGUCAAACAUUUUAAUAAUGAUAAACUAGUAGUAAUGAUAGAUAAGUGUAUCAUUAAUAAUAAUAAUAAUAAUAAUCAUAAUGUUGUUAACAUUGUUGGUGAUGAUGAUAAUGAUGGGAACGGUAGCUCCACUACUACUACUACUACCACCACUAUAAUGCCAAUUGAAACUGAUGUCUGA